CUGUGGGCAACCUCAGUGGCUGCCUGAUAGCCGGUGAGGUGUAGGUGUGGUUUAUGCACUCCCGCGCCCCAAGGACUUGGCCGUCUGGAUUUUUACCCACAGCACCCACCUCCCAAGAACGCGAGUGAAGUGAGGGGAAAGAAAAGAACGAUCCAGUGACAGCAUAGUGUUUCACUUGUUUGCAAACUAAGCCAGAAUUAUGGAAAGAGGAAAACCGAGACAAAGAUUAUAGUGAAAGCUCGCUACAGAUUCGAAGCUUCAUGCAGCGUUUCUCGAGGCCAGUUCCUCGAGAGAAAUUUGCCUUCAUUGUGUCCCAAGAGUGUUUCAGUUCAUGGUAAAGACAUUAAUAGGAACUGCUUGAGCCGUGAUGGACACCAGGCUGGAAAGUCUAAUCAGCAAUAGGUGUCACGCGUGACAUUGUGUACACUCUACGGAUUAAUUAACACCUUGGGAAGGUAUCCAGGCAACGUCGCCUGGAACCCCAAGGUGCCUGUGGCGCCUGCAAAACCCAACGCCUCCCUUCACUUGCCCACUCAGCAGUCUGCCAUGAAGGGCCUUCCAACAUGCUUCCCACACAGCUAACAUAACGCCUCCUUCAAAGCAACAACUGAGUCAGGGAGCACAUACAGUAAAGGCCAGCGUGAGUGUUGCUCCCAGUAAUGUUACUCCUACGUGACUGAGAGCACGACAAGCCAACGACUCAGUAAAUCUCAACAACUGAUGCGACUGUGGACGGUCCUGUGGGCGGCGACGUGGUGGUGCGAGCUGGCGGACGCCCUGGGUGCGCCCCUUCUGGGACCAGACAUCAUGAGCUUCGGAUCCCUCCCACCGCUCAGCCUGUGGCAAAACGGCGCCUUCCCACUGGUGGCUGCCACGCCGCCCCAGUCGGGCCUCCCGGCACCCAAGGGCACCGAGUUUGACGGUCCAGACCCUGGCCUCAACGCAGCCAUCAUUAAUGUGCCGGUCGACCCUUGCCCGAACGGCUACCGGAGGGAUAUGAACGAGAAGUGUCGCCUCAUGUUUGGAUACGGGCCCAACCCUUUUUUCUCAUUCACGCCAGAGAACUUCAAGGGCGACUUACAGUUCUACAUGGGCCAUCAGGUUGCAGGACCCAACAGGAGACGCGCGCGAUUACGGAGGCCAAGACCAUCUCGACUCAAGCCUAAUUCAGCGCCUAAGAAGAAGCAAGCAGAAGACGAUGAUGACUAGCUGCUUCCCUGGCCGCACUGUCGGUGGACUAUAGUGGCAUUUCCUUACUGAUGAUACCAUUAGAUUCAUAAGAAGAUUAAUGUAGCUGCUGUUUAGGCAGUGUAUGGUUUCCAACCGUGAAUAAUGGCUGGUGAAUGAAUUUAAGAAACAGAAGUUGGCUUAAAAAGUUUAUGAUAAUUAUGAACUUUACCAAAGCCUGCGCCCUCGCGACGACAGAAAGCAAUGUGUAGAAUAGUGUCCGCGUGUGAGCAAUUAUUCAAAUAUUCAUGUAUCCUACCUCAACACUGACGACUGUGAUGAGGAGUCUGAUGUGCACUGAAGACUGACGACCAGUGUGAAGAAGUCGCCCUCACAAGUAUUAAGUACCUAGGAUGGCGCCAGGCUCAUCCUCCCGCAGCGAGAGUCAGCUUGUGGUCCUCCCAGUCUGCUUCCAAAGGCGUCCACUCCAGCGUGACUAUCGUUACUGCAACAUACAGUAUAUUUAUUGACAUGUUAACAGAUGUCUCAACUGACUACAGAUGUAUAUAUAUUUUCUUUAUCAACUGAUUUAGAAGAGAUUAUGAGAUAAAAAAAAAAAAGUGCCCGUGUAAUCGAGCCAUUUCGUCACUGUAUACAAACCAGUCUCACUCACACACACACACACACACACACACACACACACACACACACACACACACACCAUUAGUAAAAAUAAAAUCACCAAAUACUGUAAUGAGUUUUAUGGAUGAUUUGUAGAUGACAUGAGCGAGGUAAACAUUGUAAUGAAAGUUAUUAUGUUGUUUCUCUGCUGUCUACACAAGGGAACUGUUUACUGGUUUGUCUGUCUCUAUGUAUACGUUGUAGUUUUACAAUAAGACAUCAUUUCAAGGGAUACAGUGUAUUAGAAAUAAAAUGUCCGUCUUAAAAAUCUUACUAGUAAAUCACAAAAAAAUUGUCGAUUAAUUUUCCUGAUUAAGAAAAUACGUAAAUAGGAGGCUUUAAAAUUUGUCAUUAAAAUAUGAAAGAAUUGGCUCUCGAAUGAAAUAUUACAAUAGAAUAGAUUCAAUAAUUAGGCUGUUGGUGUUAGUAAUUAAGAGCUUUGAAAGAUUGGACAUACUAUUAACGAGGGUAACAGACAUAAGGGAAAUAAUGAGUAGCUAGUGAAUAGGUAGCCUAAGUACUAGUGUCUCACAGUGUGGGUCUCAUGGAUUCUUGCAGCUUUCCGUAUGUUCCUUCGUUCAGAAUAUGACAUAGUGAGCUCAUUGAUGGUAUCCUUAACAGAAAGGCAAAGGGAUAUCAUGGGUGAUGUAUCAGGGCUGGUGGCGUGCUGACAGUGUAGUGACUGGUGGGCUGGUAUGCUGCAGCACUUCCCACCGUCCCCAUCUUGUGACGCACUCUUCUCCGCGGCAACAAACCAGUCACAUCGCAGCACAGCGCGCCACACAUGACAGGUAUUAAAAUAUAAUAUAAAGUUGGCAACAUGAGUACUAGUGUUGUGAUGUGUUGUAUUGUGUUGUGCACUUUGUUGGAGUGGUCUGUCUGUCCGUCUGUCUAUCUGCCUGUCUGGCUGUCUGUCGUUGUCUCCACACCACAACCGCGGUGCGGGAUGUGUGUGACUGCCUAUGCCUGGCCCUGGCCUCUCACCCAGCUGAAAACCAUGAGCCUAGACGGCGGGACGGUGGGACCUAUCGCCUGUCUGCCUGCGUGUGUCCGUGCUUGACUAUAGAAGGUUGGUGUAAAAGCCACUAGCAGCUAGCCAUUGCCACUAGUAUUAGCACUAGUACUAAUAGCCAGGGACAGCAAGGACGCCUGCCUGCGUCAGGAACAAAAGCUGUGUCCUUGCUGGCUAGUCUUAGCUUGGCUACACCACCCACCCAUCUAUAAAUAAACUAAUCUCUAACUAG